UCCCAAUCCUCUCCCACAGAGCCUCAGCCAGUGAUCUGCUUCCCGGAUGAGGAGGGCGGCCCCGCAGCCCAAAGCAAAGCCAGCCCCAAGGCUACCGUCCCUCCAGCCUCCUCGCAGCUCCCCAACAGCCCAGACUCCCUGGCCCUCCGGACUGGAGGUGCUUCCUAGGGAAACUCAGGCAUUUUCCUAAUGUCAGUCACAGGCAGCAUGGAGUCCGGCCCCUCCAAGGGGGUCACUGCGGAGCCUGACUAUGACAUUGGAGAGAUCCACAACUGGACUGAGCUGUUUAACUUCUUCAAUCACACUUUUUCUGAGUGCCACAUUGAGCUCAGCGAAAGCACCAAGCGAGUGGUCCUCUUUGUCCUCUACCUGGCCAUCUUCGUGGUCGGGCUGGUGGAGAACCUCCUGGUGAUCUGUGUCAACUGGCGCUACUCCAGCCGGGCAGGGCUGCUGAGCCUCUACAUCCUCAACAUGGCCAUAGCGGACCUGGGCAUCGUCCUGUCUCUGCCAGUGUGGAUGCUGGAGGUCACGCUGGACUACACCUGGCUCUGGGGCAGCUUCUCCUGCCGCUUCACCCACUACUUCUACUUUGCCAACAUGUACAGCAGCAUCUUCUUCCUGGUGUGCCUCAGCAUUGACCGCUACAUUACCCUUACCAAUGCCUCUCCCUCCUGGCAGCGCCACCAGCACCGAGUGCGGCGGGCGGUGUGUGCAGGCGUCUGGGUGCUCUCAGCCAUCAUCCCGCUGCCCGAGGUGGCCCACAUCCAGCUUGUGGAGAGCUCUGAGCCCAUGUGCCUCUUCAUGGCACCUUUCGAGACCUUCAGCACAUGGGCCCUGGUGGUGACUCUGUCUGCCACCAUCCUGGGCUUCCUGCUGCCUUUUGCUCUCAUUGCAGUCUUCAACGUGCUGACGGCCUGCCGGCUCAGGCGUGCGGCCCGGCCUGAGGGCCGGCGCCACUGUCUGCUGAUGUGCGUCUACAUCACAGUCUUUGCCGUAUGUUGGCUUCCCUACCACACGACCCUGCUGCUGCUCACAUUGUACGGGACCCACAUCUCCCUCCACUGCUACCUGGUUCACCUGCUCUACUUCUUUUAUGACGUCAUUGACUGCUUCUCCAUGCUACACUGCGUCAUCAACCCCAUCCUUUACAACUUUCUCAGCCCGAGCUUCAGGGGCCGGCUGCUGAGCGCUGUGGUCCAUUACCUUCCCAAGGUCCAGGCUGGGGCAGGCAGACGCGCUUCCUCUUCCUCCUCCUCCACACAGCACUCCAUCGUCAUCACCAAGGAGGGUGCCCAGCCCACCACAGCAGGCCCCCACCACCAUCCCAGCCUGGACUGCCAGGCACCGAGUACUUCACCCAUCUCCACUGCUCAGUCUCUUACAUCCAGCUGAGGUAGAGUUCAGUCUCCUCCCUCUGUGAAGUGGAAAGCUGGAAUUGUAGGUGAGAGAUUUGGGGGGAGCAGGGGAAAGGGUCAAAGCAUCAUGCAUGGUCAGUUUUGAAUUUAUCUUGUGUCUUGAGGUGGGGAGAAGGAGAGGGAUGGGGGAGAUAAAGAACAGGUCCUUGGUGUUGUACUGGUUGUCUCAGGCCUUGUGUCUAAGGCAGACACACAGCAGGGAAAAGGAGAAAUAAAGUAAUAGAGACAGCCACAA